CAUCACCAUGAGAGAGAGAGAAAGAGAAUCCUAGGGCCCACAACUCUCGCUCUACCCUAACCUUUUUCCCAGGUUUCCGUUACUUUAAUUCAAUCGGCUUCUCUGUAUAUAACUCCACAUUACUCCAAACUUCAAUGUAUAUAUAAACACCCCCACCAUCUUUGUUUUUGUAGAGCAUAUCACAAACCAUACGUUUUGCCAACAAACAGAUAGCAGAAAAAGUGCCAAAAUCUUGUUUUGGACUAAACCCGCUUGUCUUUCUUCUUGAUUUCUUGUUUGGUUUCAUCGAAACAGCGAGAAAGAUCUGAGAAAAAGGCCAUUCUCUUGGUGUGGGUGUUUGGUGUCAUAGCUUUGGUUUUUGAGAAUAUGGCUAUUCAAGCGCAGUUCCAUACAGAAAAUCUUGGGUUUCCUUCGAGUAGUCCACAGGAUUGGAUGGACAAUGGUUGUGGAUUCAAUGACUUGUAUGUCAAUCUUCAUCAACAGCAGAAACAACACCACCACCAGAUUCAAAAUCAGCCAUUACAAUAUCUCCAACAGAGAAAUCACAGCUUGCUUCCAAAAAACUACAGCAACGACAAUCAAGCCAUGGGUUUUCCUCAAACAUUAGCUGCUCAGUUUGAGAAACAGAGGCAAGAAAUCGAUUUCUUCAUUAGUUUACAGAAUGAGAAAUUGAGAUUGGCUUUACAAGCACAGAGAAAGCAACAAAUCCAAUCACUAUUGAAGAAAUACGAAUCAAAAAUUCAGUUUUUGCUUGGAGAAAAAGAUGAAGAAAUGGCUAAAGCUGUGAACAGAACAUUAGAGCUUGAGAACUUUUUGAACGGAAUGGAGGUCGAGAACCAAACAUGGCAGAGAUUAGCUAGAGAAAACGAAGCAAUGGUCAUGUCUCUCAACACAACAAUCGAGCAACUCAGACAGAGUGCUUGUCUCUCAUCCAAUGGAGUUGAAGAUGCAGAGUCUUGCUGUGAUAUGAUAGAGAACAGAGGAGACACAACAGAGGAAGAAAGCGAAAAAAGAGGAAAUGAACAUGAACAAGACAAUGCAGAACAGGGAACGAGGAAGAUGAUGUGCAAAAACUGCAAUUCUCGGAAUUCGUGCAUUAUUUUCCUACCUUGCAGGCACCUCUGUACAUGCAAAGAUUGUGAAGCUUUUUUUCAUUCAUGCCCUGUCUGUGGAAUGGUAAAGAAAGCUGGCAUAGAGGCCUUGUUUUGAUUUUCUAGGAAAGUUAUAAUUAUUUUCUAGGGAAAAGGAAGAAAAUAGUUGAAUUUGGUCAGAAAAGGGUUAAUGAACAGAACCCAUUUUUGAUUCCCUCCGGUGUUUUUUGGGGAGUCUUGUUCUUUUAGACUUGAUAUGUACUUGUAAAGAACUGCUAAUCCUGAACAGAGAGGUACAGAACCAGAGCAUCUUUUCCUUUCCAAGUUGGAGUUUUCUU